AACAGGUAGUUUGUAGUGGACAACAUGGCGGCCUUCAUGCUGGGCUCGCUGUUGUGGACGUUCAAGCAGAUGGUUCCUUCAUCAGCUUCAGGCCAAGUUCGAACUCACUAUGUAGACUGGAGAAUGUGGCGCGAUGUGAAGAGACGAAAAAUGGCCUAUGAAUAUGCAGAUGAGAGGCUACGUAUUAAUUCACUCAGGAAGAAUACCAUUUUGCCAAAAAUUCUUCAGGAUGUGGCUGAUGAAGAAAUUGCUGCCCUUCCCCGGGAUAGCUGUCCUGUUAGAAUCAGAAAUCGGUGUGUUAUGACGUCCCGUCCGCGUGGUGUGAAGCGGCGCUGGAGGCUUAGUCGUAUAGUCUUCCGUCACUUAGCUGACCACGGGCAACUUUCUGGGAUUCAGCGAGCGAUGUGGUAAAUGAGCUCCAGAACCUAUUGAGCUUGCAGGGAAGCCAGUUCCAGCAAGCAAAGAUUUUUUGAAUAGACCAAACCCUAGUCUCUACAGGGGCCCAGUACAGUUGUUUGGCCUACCUGAUGCUAUCUCUAAACUACUUUUAAAAUGAAGAAAUUUGGGUGUUUCAUGUCAGUGAAUUAUCUUUUCUCUUGGACUUAACAAACAUACUGUUCCCGUACAUAGUGCAAAGAGGAGUAUAAUAAAUAUUUUCUGUGAAUGUUUUUUAUACCCUCCUUUUAAGUUUAAUCUUUUAAUAACAGAGGGGUUUUUGUAUUUUUAAGAGCAUUAUUUCAUAAAAUGUUAUCUUAUACAUAAUCCAAA